AGAUCUGAAUGUUUGAAUGAUUGCAGAACAAUGUUAGGUUAAGGAUUUGUACGUUAAAGACGUGUCUGAUAAGACAGCUGUCAGAAUGAAUAAUGAUGAUGACAAGAAGACAAAAGAAGAACAUCUAGGAAAUGAUGAUACAAACAGCGAAGAUGAUUUAACUGCUGAUGAAAACACUAGCACGGAAGAAGCAAUUAAAGAUACCGUAGAUGCUCCAACAGAUAUGAAUGCUGAUGUAACUAUAAAACCUGUAGAUGGUAGGAGUGCUGAUCAAAUCUCUACAAGACCUCUAGGAGCUAUACCAAAAGUUGGUUUAGUUGGCAGUCUGAGUAAUGUAAGAAGAGUCAGUUUUGGAGAGGCCAUCUUAAAUGAUGGAAACACAAACUUGAAAAAGAAAGACAGUGACUUAUCUAAGAAUCCAAAGGGUGAACCAAUCCUAAUGCCAGUAAACAAUGACGCAUUGACUUCUAAAGAGGAAUCUGGAACAACAGGUUGGGUAGAAAAUAUUGAUCAAACGUCUCCAAGGCAAGCACGCACUAGUAGUGAAUCUGUGGAAAAAAAUGUCUCAUUAGACAUCAAUACAGUUGAUACUGUCGCUGUACCUGCUGCUUUUCCUGAGACCGAAGAUAAACACUAUGCUGUAAGACCUCAAAAAAGAUCUCAUGGUGCAGGGAAGCUCCAACAGGAAGUGCGGAAGAGAAGUUCAGAGAAGAAGCCUAUAAAGAGUGCUUAUGGUGUCUUUAAUACAGCUUACCAGGAGGAGGAAAGUGGGAGUGGAAGUGAGGACUCCUUUGAUUUGAAAGAGCUGGAGGUAUUUAGAGAUGUGGGAGUCCAGGGAGCAACCAGCAAUCAGCAUAGAUCUUCGCAAAACUUAGGUGGCGUCCAGUUUUCUCGAAGUAUGUCCGCCCCAACGGGAGUAGAUGUUGGACUUGAGAAGAGAAAAAAUCGUCGCCUCUUUAAAAAAGUUUUCAGGUUUAUUUUAUUUAAAUUCAAAAUAGAAGUUGCUUGAAAGGGGGCGUGGGUGUUAAUUUAC